GUUGGGUGGGGGUUGAGUGGAGGCAGCUGCCCCCUGCCUCCAUAGUAGAUACGCCCCUGUUCCAGGCUGUCUCCUUCACCGUCCUCCUUCCAGGCCGUCUCUUCACCGUCCUCCUUCCAGGCCGUCCCCAUCACCGACCUCCUUCCAGGCUGUCUCCUUCACCGUCCUCCUUCCAGGCCGUCUCUUCACCGUCCUCCUUACAGGCCGUCUCCUUCACCGUCCUCCUUCCAGGCCGUCUCCUUCACCGUCCUCCUUCCAGGCCAUCUCCUUCAUCGAUCUCUCAAGCCACUUUAGUUUUAUCCUUUCACUGGAUUCGCCUUCACCGUUCUCUCUCAGCCCUAUCACUAUUGAUGCUUAGGGCCAGGAAACAACAGAGACUUGUUAGUCAGGAAUAUUUUCAUUUGAGGUGAUUUUCAAGCUUUAAUUUAUCUUCUCUGGUUUUACUUGACAGAGAACAUGAAGAGAGUUGCCUCUUCAUUGAGACAGAGCUGAAUGGGGAUAUGUGACGGAGUGCAUACCUCAAUUGUUGAUGAUGAGAGAGGGGUCAUCUAGAGUCAUAUGGAUAUGUGACAGCGUGCAUACAUCAAAUUUCUGAAGAUGUGAGGAUCAUCUAGAGUCAUAUGUAAUUCAACGAAAUUAUUUUUAUCAUAUUCGUAUAUUUGUUUAGUAUGAGCUACUAUGAGCUAUUGACAUGUUCCGAGUAUAUGUUAUUUGUUGUAAAAUAAGUUAAUUUUGUAUGUUUAAUAACUUUAAUUACAGUGAAGUUAGUUUUGUAUCAAUUCGUACAUAUAAAUGAAAUGUUUGAUGUUCUUGUUCGAAUACAUAUGGAGGUAAAAAACCUGAUGGUGUGGUAUUGUAAUAAGUAAGUUUAUA